CGACGAACAUGCGCCUUUCACGAUCAUUCUUCAAACAUGGCUGCUCCUCUGGAUCAGCGCAUAAGCGUGCCUAUAGAUGACCCAAAUGCAGAUACAGAAUGGAAUGACAUCCUGCGAAAACACGGCGUUAUCCCCGAAAAGCCCCCCUCUCCUACCCCUCUAAUUGAAGAAGCCAUUCUCGAAGGCCGCCGCCUCGCACACGAGAACCGAUUAGAAGGCAAAGAUCUUGAUGAACUCGACGAAUUAGAAGAUCUCGAAGACGAAGAAUUCCUCGAGAAGUACAGGCAGCAACGGGUUCAGGAACUUGCUUCCCUCACAAAGAAGGCCGUGCACGGGACAGUGUAUCCUAUUUCGAAACCAGAUUACUCCCGGGAGGUGACGGAUGCAAGCGCAAAUGGACCUGUAUUGGUCAACAUGACCAGCGGGCUGGGAACGAAUGUUGAGAGUAGGGUAUUGAGCGAGCUGUGGAGGAAAGCAGCAGCCGAAUAUGGGGAGGUCAAAUUUUGUGAGAUCAGAGCAGAUAUGGCCAUUGAGGGUUAUCCGGAUCGGAAUUGUCCAACAAUCUUGGUUUAUCACAAAGGGGAUAUUGUCAAGCAAGUCGUAACGCUGAUGACCCUUGGAGGGGUCAGAAUAGGCAUGCCAGAAAUUGACAAGUUGUUGAUUGAGGUGGGGGCAAUUAAGGAUAAUGAUAUGCGAGUUAUGAAGAGGAGAACUGAUGCAGAAGAUGCUGAGGAGGAAGCACGACAAAAUAAGGGUGGCAUAAGGAAUUCAAAACAAGCACAUGUGGAAGACGACGAUGAUUGGGAUUAGGCACGAUGAUUGCAUGGU